AUGAGAUCCAAAAUUCUACUCGUCCUCCUCCUCAUCUUUCUCUCUCUUCAAGCAACCAACCCGAAGCCUUCCGUCUCACCUCUCAACGCAUUCAUGGCCACCUCUUCCGUUGCUCAAACCCUAAAUCUUUCUUCUCCCCCCUCGCAAAACCUUGACGGCGAGGAUGACCUUCUCUGCUCCGAAAGCACCCAAUUAUCAGAGCAACCAGAUGAUUAUGAACAACAACGGUUGUCUAUUUUGCACAGUCCGAGUGGGUACUUAAGCGAAGAUUCACGGAUCGAGGGAGCCUGGGCUCACUGGAAGAAGCUUGGCCAGCCCAAGCUGAUUGUUGCUCCAAUGGUCGACAACUCGGAGCUUCCUUUCCGAUUGCUAUGUCGCAAGUACGGUGCCGAAGCUGCUUAUACGCCCAUGCUUCACUCUCGUAUUUUCACCGAGAAUGAGAAGUAUCGGUCUCUAGAAUUCACCACCUGCAAGGAGGAUCGCCCACUUUUUGUCCAAUUCUGUGCAAAUGAUCCAGAUACUUUAUUGGAAGCAGCUCGGAGAGUAGAACCUUAUUGUGAUUAUGUGGACAUUAAUUUGGGGUGUCCUCAGCGUAUUGCCAGAAGGGGGAACUAUGGAGCUUUCCUUAUGGAUAAACUUCCACUUGUUAGGAAUUUGGUAGAAAAAUUGGCUCUGAAUCUUAAUGUUCCUGUGUCAUGCAAAAUCCGAGUGUUCCCAGACUUGCAAGAUACAAUUAAUUAUGCCAGAAUGUUGGAGGAUGCUGGUUGCUCUCUUUUGGCAGUGCAUGGCCGAACAAGAGAUGAAAAAGAUGGAAAGAAAUUCCGGGCCAGCUGGAAUACCAUCAAGGCUGUUAAAAAUGCUGUCAGAAUCCCAGUCCUUGCCAAUGGAAAUAUACGACACAUGGAUGAUGUCCAGAACUGUUUGGAGGAGACUGGUGUUGAUGGGGUACUUUCAGCAGAGUCUCUUCUUGAGAAUCCAGCUCUCUUUGCUGGAUUUCGGACUGCUGAAUGGGGUUUGGGCAGUGGUGAAUACAUGGAAGAUGGAAAACUAGACCAGGCUGACUUAUUGGUAGAGUAUUUGAGGCUUUGUGAGAAAUAUCCUGUCCCCUGGAGAAUGAUCCGUGCUCAUGUGCACAAGAUGUUAGGAGACUGGUUCAGGAUCCAUCCACAAGUAAGGGAGGAUCUUAAUGCACAAUCCAAACUAAGCUUUGAAUUUCUCUAUGAUAUGGUUGGGCGACUAAGGGAGCUUGGUUUGAGGAUUCCUCUUUAUGUGGAGAGCACUCAGGUAGGGAGAAUGUCUGCAAAUGGAAUUGUUACAUGA